AUGACAACUGUCGAUGAGCAUGAUUGUCCGAAGCCAAUAUUUAAGGCAGUAUCGGGCUCGACAAGACAGCUCUUCCAGCUACUUAAGUGCAUUCGCUUUGCUACGAAAGUUCACAUUCAGAUAAGCAGUGAAGGUCUCAGAUUCGCUGUUGAAGAAUCGAGAGUCAUGCAAGGAAUCGUUUUUCUUGAUAGGGCACUCUUUACUUCCUACUCAUAUCUCCAUCCUGAAUGUGAAAGCAACUCUGAAGUACCAGAAGAAACAUCUGAGCUUCCAAACUUCCAAAUCUCACUCCCUGCAUUGCUUGAGACCCUUCAGAUGUUUGGAGUCGCCGACCAAUUCUCUUCUCGCUUUUCCAAGUCUGAUAAUGAAUACAAAAGUAACAUUAGGCCUGGUCGCCCAAAUGCAUUUAGUAUUCAAAGCCUUGGAAUGCCAGCAAUAUGUCGUCUUUCCUAUGAAAAACAUGGAUCCCCUCUUAACAUAGUCAUUGAGGAGUCCAACAUAGUUACGACCUGUCAUCUUAAUACUUACCAACCAGAAUUUUCCGAUGAAAUUCCAUUCCAGCGAGACGCAAUUUUAAUCAAAAUUAUCAUGCAGGCUCGCUGGCUUUUCGAUGCUAUCUCUGAAAUUUCAUCUACAUCUCCGACACAGUUAGAGAUAAAAGCCUCGCCAGCCUCUCCAUAUUUAAGCUUUUCUGCAACUGGAGAUAUCGGUAGCGCCAGUGUAGAGUUUUCCAAUGGUAGAGAUCUACUUGAGACUUAUGUUGUAAGCGACUAUUGGAGCCAGAGUUACAACUUUGAAAUGAUAAAAUCUGCUACAGAAGCAAUGAAAUUAGCUAGUAAAGUGAGCAUUCGAGGCGAUGAGCAAGGAGUACUAAGUUUACAAUUUAUGGUAGAAGUUGAAGGUUCUGGUAUCAGUUACAUUGAUUUCAGAUUUAUCCCGCUCAUUUCAGGUGAAGAUUUGGAUGGAGAAACAAACUAA